AAAUGGCUGCUUCGGAAUCCCCCAUCAAAACCGUCGUCGUUUUGGUCCAAGAGAACCGCUCCUUCGACCACAUGCUAGGCUGGAUGAACGCCGUCAACCCCCAAAUUAACGGCGUCAACGGCACCGAGUCCAACCCUCUCCCCCCUUCCGACCGGGUUUUCUUCAGCGACAAAUCGGUCUACGUCGAACCGGAUCCGGGUCACUCCAUCCAGGACAUAUUCGAGCAGAUAUUCGGCGUCCCGUGGACCGCCGCCGCCGCCGGGAAGAAUCCGCCGCCGGCGAUGCAGGGUUUCGCGCAGAACGCGGAGCGGAAGGGGGCCGGGUGGUCCGCCGCCGUGAUGAACGGGUUCAAACCGGAUGCUCUGCCGGUUUACAAGGAGCUGGUGCAAGAGUUCGCGGUGUGCGACCGGUGGUUCGCGGCGGUGCCGGCUUCGACGCAGCCGAACCGGCUGUACGUCCACUCGGCGACGUCGCACGGGGCGACGAGCAAUGACACGUGGAAGCUGAUCGAAGGGUUCCCGCAGAAGACGAUAUUUGAAUCGUUGGAGGAAGGCGGGGGUAGUUUUGGGAUAUAUUAUCAGUAUCCUCCGGCCACGCUUUUUUACAGGAACUUGAGAAAAUUGAAGUAUAUACUGAACAAUUUCCAUCAGUUCGAUCUCGAUUUCGAGAAGCAUUGCAAGGAGGGAAAGUUACCAAAUUAUGUUGUCGUGGAACAACGUUAUUUCGACUUAAAAAUAUUGCCCGGAAAUGAUGAUCACCCUUCCCAUGAUGUCUUUGAAGGCCAAAAAUUUGUCAAGAAAGUGUACGAAGCAUUGAGGUCGAGCCCUCAAUGGAAUGAAAUAUUGUUUAUCAUUAUUUAUGAUGAACAUGGCGGAUUUUUCGAUCAUGUGCCAACUCCGGUUGCCGGAGUUCCUAGCCCCGAUGGGCUUGUAGGACCCGAACCAUACAAAUUUCAAUUUGAUCGAUUAGGGGUUAGGGUUCCGGCCAUCAUGAUAUCUCCAUGGAUCGAGAAAGGAACCGUGUUGCACGGGCCAUCAGGACCAUAUCCAACGUCGGAAUUCGAACACUCUUCCAUAGCCGCAACGGUCAAGAAGAUUUUCAACUUGAAGGAAUUUUUAACCAAGCGCGACGCUUGGGCCGGAACUUUUGACAUCGUACUAAAUAGAACAAGCCCAAGACUUGAUUGCCCGGAAUCUUUACCAGAACCAACCAAGCUACGGGAGGCUGAAGCCCAAGAAGAGGCAAAGUUAAGCGAGUUUCAAGAAGAAAUGGUGCAAAUGUCGGCGGUAUUGUGCGGGGACCACAAGAAGGAUGAUUUUCCACGUGGGAUUGUCGAUGGCAUGACAGUGGCACGUGGGGCCGAAUAUGUGAAUAGUGCAUUUAAAAAGUUCUUGAAUGAGUGCGAGAAGGGGAAGAAUAAAGGGGCAGAUGAAUCCACUAUUUGCAUCCCGGGAUGGGAUGAUCAACAAGAAAACUCGUCCACGGCAAAAAUGUCGGAGACUAAGCCUAGCCGGUCCUUCGCUUCGAAGUUCUUUUCUUGCUUGGUUUGCGGUGGCGGAAAUGGCGACGGAGAUGGCUCAUGAUUGUUGAGGGUUGAAGAUGGAGAUUGGAUCUAAAGAUUGUUGAAUGUUUGCUUGAUUGGCUUAGCUUGAAAUUCUUUCUUGUGGAUAUGUUUGAUUCAUAAUUUGUGACUUGUUAAUAGUUGAUUGAUUUAGUGAGACCAAUAAUAAGUGACAUUGUGGGCAAAUUUAAAAUUGAUUAUAC